CAGAACUUUUGCAUUUGGUUUUGCGCCUUCUACGGUCGUAAUGCGAAAUAAAAGGGCAUGCUAUCUUUCUCUGUGCUUUCUUGGAUCGUUCUCCUUGUAUCUAACUUUUCUCCUCCAUAUCUGUAUUUUGUAUAUUCCUCCAGGUUUCUUUUCUAGAGCCGAUCGUCUUACUACUGUCCAUUUUUCUGUUUCCGAGAACUCGAUCGGAAUCCGGCGAAAUCCACUCAAUAUCCUACUACCCAUUUCGUAUUUUGGGGGACCAACAUUGAAUUUGGUCCCUAUCCUAAACGAUCAUCAGUUUUUAAGGAGGUUUGACGAUUUGUAGAAGUGGGUUGUUCGUGUUCAGGAAUGGCAAUUGCUCGUGUUGUUUUGUUUUGCCAAUGAUUAUGGGGUUAGAAAGUGAUGCCGGUUUCAGGUUGAGUUCCCAUGGGGAUUUGUUUGAGCGGUGAGGCAAGGGGUGACGGAUUGAAGGGUCCGUCUAGAAGGAAUUCAGUUCCAAGAAACAUCAAGACUCGUUUAGGAUUUGUUCUACAAAAUGGAAAUGCAGUGGAUACAAGGGCGGUCAAAAUCCCUCAUGCCUUUUUGACAUAGUUAUACCAUUGAAGUUAAGAAAAAUUUCUCUGAAUGUACUCAUUGGUAAUUGGUACCAAGCUUCCCAGGGACUUCCAACCAAGUAAAGACUUGGAAGAACUCAAAACAUGAUUCUCAAAAAAUUGUGUGCACAAAUGUUGCUAAUACAGCCAAUCACCUGGUAAAAUGGAAUUGGAUCUCCCUCACUCAACAUGGGGGGCUAGGGGUGGAUUCUCUCAAGCAAAGGAACAGCAACCUCAUUUUAAAAUGGCUUUGGAUUUACCCAAGAGGAAAAAAUGCUUUGGAGGAUUGUGGUUGCAACUAUUUAUGGGGUUGAGCUUCGUGGAUGGCCUAACAAACUGGCUGGAUGUAGACCUGAGUUGACAUAGACAAAAAAGAGAUGGCUCAUGAAUCUCCUUCUAGACCAGAGGGAACCACAAGUGGACAUUGCAUGGUUAAUAAGCAUAUUGAUGUUCUCCGUGAAACCCCUGCUUAUAGGGACGUUGAAAUUUUUGCAUAUGAGGAGAUGAAGUUGAGCACAAAGAAUUUUCGGCCAGAUCUAAUUCUUGGAGAGGGUGGUUUUGGAGUUGUAUACAAAGGAUUUAUUGAUGAAAACGUAAGACCUGGUUUUAAGAUGAUGCAGGUUGCCAUUAAGGAGCUAAAUCGUGAAGGUUUUCAAGGUGACAGGGAAUGGCUGGCAGAAGUUAACUCUCUGGGGCAGCUUAGUCACCCUAAUCUUGUGAAGCUAAUUGGUUAUUGCUGUGAGGAUGAGCACAGGAUGUUGGUGUAUGAAUAUAUGGCUGGUGGGAGCUUGGAGAAACACCUUUUCCGCAGAGUGGGUAGUUCGCUGAGUUGGGCGAGAAGAAUUAAAAUUGCAUUAGAUGUUGCAAAGGGACUUGCGUUUCUUCAUGGUGCUGAAACACCUAUCAUAUAUCGUGAUUUCAAGUCAUCGAAUAUCUUGCUUGAUGCAGACUUCAAUGCGAAGCUUUCAGAUUUUGGCCUUGCCAAAGAAGGACCUAUGGGAGAUCAAACUCAUGUGUCAACAAGAGUGAUGGGUACAUAUGGAUAUGCCGCUCCUGAAUAUGUAAUGACGGGACAUUUAACUGCCCGAAGUGAUGUCUAUGGAUUUGGGGUGGUUCUACUUGAGAUGCUUAUUGGCAGGAGAGUAAUGGACAAGACCAGACCAAGUCGGGAGCACAACCUGGUUGAGUGGGCUCGUCCACUCUUGAACCACAACAAGAAACUUUUGAAGAUAUUGGAUCCUAGACUAGAAGGACAAUAUUCAACUAAAGCUGCAAUGAAGGUUGCCAAUUUGACUUAUCAAUGUUUGAGCCAAAAUCCAAAAGGCAGACCCCUAAUGAGCCAGGUGGUAGAAAUGCUGGAGGGCUUUCAAAGUACGGAAAAUACGCUUCCUAGUGGAGUCAGUGGCGGUCAAAUUCUCUACCAGCACACACCUGACAAUACACAAUAGAAACUGGAUAACAAAAAACUGAAGGGAAGCAUGGAAACAGGCAGGGAUACACAACAAGCAAAGUGGACACUGGAAGGACCUCGAGCUCUGUCGCCCGUCCCCAGAUUUGAUUUCCCAUGAAAAAUCAGCAUGUUUUGAAAGCUGAACUGCUUUUACGUGUUGAUUGAACAGAUGCCGAAAAUGUGCAAAACUUUUUCUACUUAAAUUUCUAAGAGCACAUAUUCUUGCUAGAUAUUCUAUUGCCUGGAGAGUAUUCAUAUAUACAUAUUAUAUACAGAUAUACACAAUAUAUAUUUAUACACACACACACAUAUAUAUAUAUGGGUGUAAUAUGUUCACUUUCUGUACUGUUUUUAUUCUUUUUCUUUGUUUUAUACAUCAGCAAACACUGUACGCACUGCUUGUAUAUCUCGUGGAGCCAGUUGAUUUGUACUUAUGAACUUCGCAGUUUUAGAAAUGAGAUAACCUUUUGUGGUA